AGUGACAGGUCCUUUGUUUUGAUAAAAAAAAAGUUGAUUCACGGAUACUCACGAUAGCGAUUAGGGUCUAAUCGAAUUUUGUCUCUAUUAAAGCGCGUCUGUUUAGUCACUCAUAUCGUGUUGUGUGUUUUACUCGUGAAAGUGUUCAAGAAGUUGUUGGAAUUUCCAGGCGAAAUUCCGUGAUUCGUAUUCGGUCAAUGGAUGAUAGUGAGAAUCCCAUACAAAAAAUGGAAGCUGAAGUCGACGCUCAUGGUAAAUUAAAACCACGUUCUUACCAACACUUAAUUUUGGAUGUCUGUUUGAAGAAGAACACAAUCAUUUACCUACCAACUGGCGCCGGUAAGACGUUUAUUGCAUUGCUGGCGAUGAAAUAUUUGGCUAAAGAUUUAGACAAACCACUAUCCGAUGGCGGUAAACGUUCCAUAUUUGUGGUCAAUACUGUUGCUUUGGCUAAUCAGCAACAGAAAUUCAUUGAGGAAAGCACCGCGUUCAAAACGGCUGUUUACACCGGAGACAUGAAUGUCGACGUAUGGUCGAACGAUCAGUGGACCGAAGAAUUUGAAAAGUAUCAGGUUUUGGUUGCCACAUGCCAAAUCAUUUUGGACAUUGUUCGACACGGUUUCAUCGAAAUGAAGCACAUCAAUGUGUUAAUUUUCGACGAAGCUCACCAUGCCAUGAAGGAUAGCCCCAUGCAUCAGCUGAUGAAGCAAUACGCUCUGGCCAGCGAAUCGGAGCGGCCUCGCGUCAUUGGCUUGACCGGUAUGCUGUUGACCGGUAACGUUAAGCCGCAUUCGGUUAUCACUCACCUGGAAAAACUUGAGGCGACGUUACAUGGCACAAUUGCAACCGUUGAAUCGUUUGAAGAGCACGAAGUAGUGAUGUCGUAUUCAACGAAUCCAGAAGAAAAUAUUGUAAAAUACGCAGCACACCCAUUGAGCGAAUUUCAAGAGCGCAUCAUAGCGAUUGUGACAAUGAUAAAGGAAAAGGCGAAAAAUUGGCCGAAAAGCAGUUCUGUCUGCUCUAAAAUCAAAAAAAUGCUGGACGAUUUUUUGCAUCAACAGGCGGAAUUGGGAAACUACGGUUCAUCGAUUGCAAUUCUAUCCGUUCUCAUCGAAUUGGAAUUGUUGAAAAAUUCGUCCGAUUCGAAGUGCACAAAACAGAUCGUUAGGCAGUGCAUUGCAUACGUGGAACAGAUUCGAGGUUUGUUUGUGGAUGAAAUGGAGGACGUCGAAAGUGCUGGCCAAAUAUUGUCCAAUUCAUCCACAAAAGUUGUGUACUUAAUAUCCAUUUUAAAGAAAAAGCUCCAAAUCUACGGUCCGAAAAUGAAGGCGUUGAUUUUCGUGACACGGCGACACACUGCCAAGAACAUCCACCACAUCAUCCAAAAAUUUGGUCAGGUCGACGAAAAUUUCACAAUAAAAUCCGACUUUAUGGUUGGGAAUAACAGCAGUGUGCCCGAAUCUAUCGAACAAGUGUUGGAGAAUAAAUGGAAUCGGAAAGUCAUCGAGCGAUUCAAGAAGAGCGAGAUAAAUGUCAUUGUGUCAACCAGUGUGCUGGAGGAAGGCAUCGAUCUGCAAAUGUGCAAUUUGGUGAUCUCGUACGAUGUGCCGAAGGAAUUUCGAUCGUAUGUGCAGAGUAAGGGACGGGCUCGAAUGCGCCAAUCAAAUUACAUAAUAAUGUGUCCGGAGGAGAAUUAUACGGGCCUACUGGUGAAGCUGAAAGAAUGGAACGAAGUGGACGCUCGGUUAAAGACAUAUUUGAUUGGCAAAACCAUUGAUCGACCCGAACCGAUGGAGGAAGACAUCCAGAACGAGUUUGACGAUGCAUUGAUACCGCCAUUCCGAACAUCCAUAGGUGCUGUUUUAGAAAGAACAUCAGCCAUCCAAUUGCUGAACCGUUAUUGCCAGACGAUGCCAAACGAUAUGUUUACGAGCUCGCAAGUUAUUUGGGAUACGAUUGAAUCGGAUGAGGGUAUUGUUGUCACUCUGAUGCUGCCGAUUCAGUCGGUGAUUAAGGAUGUUGUUGUGGGUGAUCCAAUGCCGAACUUAAAACUGGCCAAACAAUCAGCUGCCUAUAAGGCCUGCAUUUUGUUGUAUGAGAAUAAUGACCUCAACGACAACCUCAUGCCGAUAACCGUGAAGAGGAAAUUCGAAACCCUUAAGGACGUUUAUUUCAAACAUUACGAACGUUUCGAAGGCGAUGCAAAAACGGCCGGCACGAAAAAACACAAACGUGACUUUAAAAUCAUCUAUCCCGAACGGUUUAUGAAUUGUGCACCCACAGUUGACAAGGCCUGUUACUUGCACCGAUUUUCCAUAACACCAAAAUUCACACCCUCAUCGGGAGACUUUGGGGGAUGUCAAUUUUUUGAAUUGCUGUCAAGUUGCCACGAUCUGGGACUGUUGACGACGAAAAAGCUGCCAGAUUUAGCUUCAAUGAAAUUCUUUAUAACUCUCGGUGAAAUCGGUGUCGAAGUGUCGGCUCCACAAAAAGUCAUCUUGGACGAUGCGGACCAAUUGUGUCGAUUGCGAAACUUUCAUGCCACCCUAUUCACGGACGUGUUACAAAUACAGCAAACGUUCCUGGUGUACGAUUAUCGGAAUGAAGCAAAUUCGUUCUUCGUUGUUCCGGUGACCAAUAACGAGAUCAAUUGGCAGCUCGUCGAUAAAUUUCAAUCAUUGCCCGAAUUCGAAACAUUAUCGCCGAAUAAACGCGCAGCAAUGAAGUUUGUGGAAGACGACUACAAGUUCUCAGUUGUGAGUCCGGUUUAUCGUGUCGAUCAGAAGCAACGGUAUAUUGUCACCAAAAUUCACACCGACAAGACACCCAAUUCCCCAUUUCCGAAUGACAACCAUUCGUCGUAUGCUGACUAUUUCAAGGAGAAGUACAACAAGAACAUUGUGAACGCUGAACAAUUUCUUAUCGAAGUGAAAGGGGUGACACAAAGUUUGAACUUUUUGACGCCAGGUGAGGCUGACGGUGGUGCUAGAAAAUAUAUAACUAAAGGGCCGGAACUAUUGGUACCGGAACUCUGCCAUAAUUAUAGUUUUCCUGGUGAUUUGUGCCUGAAGGCUUUACUGCUUCCGAGCAUACUGCACCGGUUGCAUUAUUUGCUGCACGCGAAUACGUUGAGAAAUAAAAUCCUCAAAUAUUUGGAUGUGCACGUGGAUGAAUAUCGACCCAAACCGGUUAUCACGAAAAUGACCCGUCGGCCGGUAUUUGACAAUGUGGCUGAUGAUGAGGUUAUUUCGUCGCGGUCGAUAAUUAUUCCAGAUCCAAACCAAACACCCGCACGUCAACUGUCCAGCAAUGAAAUUGUUUCACUGAACGAUGUACUGCUGUAUCCAUGGCCGGAAGUAUUUGAGCCACUGAAUUUGGAACGAAAUCAAACCGAAAUUUAUCCCAUCGAUCUGGAAUACUACCAGGCCUUCGUGACCAAGAAGCUAAGGGAUGUGUCACAACAGAAAGCGCGCAUUCAACCGAAUCAGUACACACUUUCAGCGGGAAAUCUUUCGAUUUGUGAUGCAGCGAUCGAUGAAAAAGCAAAGAUUCAUCUUCUUCAAAUUGGCGUUGAUGGGCCGACUAACGGACCAGAACAGUGUGAUAUUUUGGCAGCAUUAACGUCUGCGUCGGCCGGGGAUGUGUUCGAUUUGGAACGAUUUGAAUUGAUGGGCGACUCGUACUUAAAAUUUACCGUGUCGUUCUAUUUACUGCAAAAGCAUCCCACUUGGCACGAAGGAUAUUUGACAUCAUGCAAGGGCAGAAUGGUCAGCAACCAGAAUUUGUGCUAUCUAGCCAUUGCGGACACUAUUCCGGGUAUGAUAAAUAUUAACAAAUUCAAUCCGAAAAGUGAUUGGGCUCCACCGUUGUUCAAUUUGCCGGAAGAAGUCAAACUGACCACUCGAGAAAUGAACAUGUCUCCCAAUCUCAUCGACAAACUUAAUCUGAAUGCCGAAGAAAUUAAAUCCGGAGCGUUGAGCCAGCAGACUUUGUUCGACUACGUACAGGGAUUUUUGGACGAGCCGGAAAAUCAAAAUGUUGAGUCCACAAUGCUGCAAUUUUUCGGCGAACAACGAAUUUCCGAUAAGUCGGUUGCUGAUUGCGUUGAAUCCAUUCUGGGCGCGUGUGUGGUCUCACUAGGAAUCGAACGCUCAUUGCCUCUCCUGAAAAUGAUCGGCAUAUUGCCGGGCGACAAUCAUCGAAAUUACAGUUUAAUGUUGCGGGAACCGUUUGCGGAGCCGCGGCUGAAGAGCGAUGUGACCAAUCGAAAGAUAGAUGAUCUGUUGCUGAAUUGCGAUCGAAUUGAACAGGAAUUGGGAUACGCAUUCAAAGACAGAGCGUACCUUCUACAAGCACUGACGCAUCCAUCAUUUCAAAAUAAUCGGUACACCCAGUGCUAUCAACAGUUUGAAUUUUUGGGCGACGCAAUAUUGGAUUUCCUAAUCUCAAGCUACAUAUUCGAACGGUGCAAGGACAUGGAUCCGGGCCAAUUAACCGAUUUACGUUCGGCGUUAGUGAACAACAUUACACUGGCGUGCAUUUGUGUGAGACAUAAAUUCCACAAGAACAUAUUGGCACAAAAUUCGCUGCUGUUGGAAAAGAUGAACACCUUCUACAAAUACCAAGCCGAACAGAAACAUGCCGUUACCGACCAAGUGCUAUUACUGAUCGACGAGCAGGAGAGAUACGGCACUGAGCCCUUAGGAGAUUUCAUCGACGUGCCGAAGGUACUAGGCGAUGUGGUCGAGGCAAUAUUCGGUGCUGUAUUUUUGGAUUCCGGCAAUAGUUUGGAACAAACGUGGAAGGUCAUUUACAAACUGAUGCAAAAUGAAAUUGCCGCUUUUAUGAACAGAGUUCCGAUCGAAAUCGUGCGAAAAUUGUACGAAUAUCCGGGUGCGAAUCCGAAAUUCGAGGACGCCGUUUUGAAUGGGAACAGGGUUAUGGUCGCGGUGCGAUUCACCUGUAAGAAUGAAGUGCUUCGCGUUCACGGCUUCGGAAAGAAUUCCACUAGUGCGAAGAAGGCUGCAGCUAAGGUGGCAAUGCACAAGCUCACAAUGUGAACGUUUUUUCGUUUUGUAAUUAUAUUUUCGUUCAGUUUUAUUGUUAAAAAUUAGUUAUUUUUGAUUUUUGAUUUUAUUAUAGAAUUUUUA